GGGCUCCCACGGGACUCACCCCGCUGAUCCUUGUGCUGUACCCCUUCCAACUCCCCGCCUGGUCCCUGGCUAGCUUUGAAGCUGUUGCCUUGCUGCUGUGUAACUGGGAAGCAGUGGCUCCUGCAGACCUGCACCUGUAUGCCCUAGAGACAAAGCAAGAGCGCUUCCUGUACAUCUUGUAUUCAAAGCAGGAGCCCAGCAGAGGGUGGGGGCCCUGGAGUGUCCCUGUGGCCUCCCUCACCCAUGGCUCUGUAGCCAGCAGCAGUGGCAUCAUCUUCUAAGGAGUGGAUCUAGGUGUGAUCCUCCUAAGGUCCCAGGGCCCCAGGUGAGCUCUGCCACCAGUAGCCACCUGACCUUGAGUGAAAGAACGCACCAUUGGGCUUCAGGGUGCCUGUCUAUAAAAGAGAGGAGUGGGGAACAGGAGCAGAGUGACAGCUUAAGCAGGCUAAGGGGAAGCUGCAGGUCAGAAGAGCAAAGGGUGAUUUGGAGGUGCUGAGGAUGACACGCCAGGCCAGGCAGAUCACUGGGCUGGGGCAUAGGAGGGUCUGGGGCGGCUCAGCUGGCGCCCAAACUGUUUCCCCAAAGCUGCUCCAGAGAAUCCCAAAGCAAAUCAACUUCCUGCCACUCAGCAGAAUGCCAGUUCAUGGUCCUGCGAUCCUAGACACCUGCACCCCUAUCUUCUGCUGCGCAUGUCCAUGCACACGCAGGUUCAAGACGCGCACUUCACUUUUGCAGUCCCCCGCCUCCUAAGUGGACAACCUCGACCCGCGAAACCGCGGCCCAGAGCAGUGAGUAGUCGGCAGGUCCCAGGGUUAUGGGUACCCCAAACUCUGGGAAGUCGCCCAAAGUGGGGCAGGGAUUCGCGGCCUGGUUUCCCCCGCUUGUUCAGGACCUCUCAGGUGCAGAGCGACGCCCCUGAGAGCCGAGUCUAUCCCGGCCCAUCGCAGCCAGACUGGCCCUCGCCUUGCAUCGUCCUGGGAGAAGGCGGCCAGACCCAACUGGAAGAAGUGGUCCGGCCAGUCCCGGCCCAAGACCGCGGCCAGGAGGGGGUCGGGCCGCCCACCCAAGCCCAUUGGUCCGACCCUGCGCGGUGUAAUUGGGGCGGGGGGGAGGCGACCGGCGGGCGGCGGCUCCAGAGAAACUGCGCGCCUGUCAGCCACAAUUUGUGUAAGAGGACGGGACAGGCCAGGCCACUGCGGGCUGGGGUCACCGAGGCCGCGGCCCACACCCCGGCCAGACUCCGGACCGCGGGGGAGCCCCGCCGGGCCGCUAAACCGGGCUGGCUGGCGCCAAGACUCUGGGAGGCGCGGGUCCAGCAGAGAAGCCGGGUAGGAAGCAGCUCUGUCGCGGGCGUGUCCCCCCCCCCACGUCGAGACGCGCCCAGUGGCACCCACAGCUGGUCACCCACACAGGGCCACUCGAGUCACCGAGCUCAGCCUUGGCACGUGCAUUGCCGCCGGAAGCUCAGGGCCAGGCUCAGGCCGGCGCCGGGUCACUCGCAGGCACGUCCGUCCCCUCGGCCACACGCGCUGAGCGCACCCGCCAGCCACGCCACGCGGGCUCACGCAAACCCACACCCGUCACACAGCGGGGACACCAGCGGGGACGCUGCCGCUCUGAGGAUCAACCCUGUGGAGGGCCCAGCAGUGUCCCUGGCCCCUGCAAGAGGUUACAGAGCCGAAGGACAGACGGGCAGGCUCGGGACUGCAGCCCCGUCCCGCGCGGGCUGUCCCCUCCUGACAGGGACCACGCGCGACGGGCCCAGCCGGAGGCCGCUCCGACGCCCGCGCCCGACCGCCCCAGAGGGAGGGGCCGCCCGCGCGUCCCCCGCCCGUCUGCGGGGCCCGGGCGAUGCGAAGUGACAGGGGCCGGAGCUUUGUUGU